AAUAUAUUAAAUUUAUUUUAAAAUGAUAUUAUUAUUUACCUAUUUUGUGAUUUAACGAAUAUUAAUUUAAAAAUUAGUUUGUACUAAAUAAUAAACCGAAUUUUGUGAGGAAUUUUAAUUCUUUUUGGAACAAAACACCUCGGCUAGCUCGAGCUUGUGAUCGUGUCUCAUUCGGCGUUUAACUGGUCAUCUAGUGCACUUAAUAGGGCCUAAGGAGUUUAGUUACAUUAUCGCGCGUGUAGUGUACUUAAGAGGGGAUGAGGGAGCGAUUUGUAAUACAGAUUGAGUGCUAAUCGGGAAAACGUAAACAGGAGAUGAUUCUGCAUUAGACUGACUGUGACGAUAUUAGUAAAUUAUGAGAAAGCACCAUGGAGGCCUCCAAGUCGUCCAGCACCACCAUGCAGGUGAGCUUCGUGUGUCAGCGCUGUAACCAGCCUCUUAAACUCGACACCAGCUUCAACGUCCUGGACCGACUCACCAUCCAGGAGCUGAUGGCGCCGCUAGUCACCGUGACGCUGAGCAAGCAGACGGAAAGCGGCGACACUGACACACCUCCCGAGGAGACAUUUGUGGAGAGCAAGCAGGACGGCAUCUCGCGGAAAUACAUCCCUCCUGCCAGGAUGAUGUCUACAGAAAGCGCUAACAGCUUCACGCUAAUCGGCGAGGCCUCGGAUGGCGGGACCAUGGAGAACCUGAGUCGCAGAUUAAAGGUAACGAGCGAUCUGUUUGACAUCAUGUCGGGUCAGAGCGAUGUCGAUCACCCGCUGUGUGAGGAGUGUACAGACACGCUGCUGGAUCAGCUGGACACACAACUCAACAUCACCGAGAACGAGUGUCAGAACUACAAGAAGUGUCUGGAGCUGCUGUCCCAUCUGCAGGAGGAAGACGAGGACACGCUGCUAAAGGAGCUGCAGCAGCUCAAGCAGGAUGAGGAGACACUCAUCCAGGAGCUGGAGGCCAUCGAACAGCAGCGGGAAUCCGUCGUCAUGGAGAUCACAGAGGCACGAGGCCACGCCCAGCAGCUGGACACAGAGGAGCUGCAGUAUCAGAAGGAGUACUGCGAGUUUAAACGGCAGCAGCUGGAGCUGGACGAUGAACUGAAGAGCGUCGAUAAUCAGAUGCGUUACUGCCAGACUCAACUGGACAGACUGAAGAAAACCAACGUCUUUAAUGCCACCUUUCACAUCUGGCACAGCGGGCAGUUCGGGACGAUAAAUAACUUUCGUCUGGGGCGAUUACCCAGCGUUCCCGUGGAAUGGAACGAGAUUAACGCCGCCUGGGGUCAGACGGUGCUCCUGCUACACGCUCUCGCUAACAAGAUGGGCCUGUGUUUCCAGAGAUACCGACUCGUCCCUUACGGAAACCACUCGUACCUGGAGUCCCUCACAGACAAGUCCAAGGAGCUGCCGCUGUACUGCUCAGGAGGACUGCGCUUCUUCUGGGACAACAAGUUUGAUCAUGCCAUGGUGGCGUUUUUAGACUGUGUGCAGCAGUUUAAGGAGGAAGUGGAGAAAGGCGACACGGGAUUCUGCCUCCCGUACAGAAUGGACGUGGACAAGGGGAAGAUCGAGGACACGGGCGGGAACGGAGGAUCGUAUUCUAUUAAAACCCAGUUUAACUCUGAGGAGCAGUGGACCAAAGCACUCAAGUUCAUGCUCACCAACCUGAAAUGGGGCCUGGCGUGGGUCUCGUCCCAAUUCUAUAACCGUUGAGAGAGGGAUCGAGAGAGAGAGAGAGAGAGAGAGAGAGAGAGAAAUCGGGGUUCUCUCUUGGGGAAAUGGCGAGAGCUAGCUCUAACUAGGAGUCUCAAAGUCCAAACUAGUGUUUACUGUUUGUUUACUAAACCUGAUUAAGUGUGACUACUUUAACACGUUUCCCGGAAACAUUUCCUUAAGCACGAUUAAGGAGCGCUUGGGUCGAGGACAGCUAGCCGCACUCGCUCCUCCUCCCCCAAAGCGAGGGCUUAUUGUUAAAAUAUUUCUGUGUUCCCAACCCUACAACUCCCACACCAGCGCCCUCCUCAGGCCUCAACACGAGAUGUAAACCCAUAACAUGACAGAACGUUUCAGGGUUCGAUUGGGUCGCGUCCCGAUUCUACGUCUCUGAUGUGUGUUUAAUAACAGCGUGAAAAGCUUUAAGAGCGUCAGAGACGUAAAAUGGAUGCGAUCUUGGUGUUUCAUCACAAACACACACAUGAUGUCAGUAAAACCUUAGAUGUGCAUGCUAAAGAGUCUUGAGCUUGUUAUAGUUACAGGGUACGAGCUCUUAUUUUAUCAUAUUCUUGCACUUUCAAAUAACUUAAACACAGCGUGUUACACACCUCGGUUAGCACUCGUGUAUUUACUAACCUGAUGUAUUAUCUACUAACUAAAUGUAAAUAUUCUCUUCAGCAUGUUGAAGCUGAUAAUCAGAUUGUUGAUCAUCUUUAUACUUGUACGAUUACACAGAGCUAGUGAGCUCACAGUUAGAAUAAAUGCUUGUGUGUAAAUGUUUCUUUUUUUUUUUUGCCAAUCCAAUUGAAAAAUUCCAAACAGAUUUACAAAUGUAAAAAAGAUUCACGUUUGUAUGCUUAAAAUGAGAAUAUGGUGAAUAAACGAUGAAGAGCGCCUGUACGUGUUGUGUACGGUAAUCCUGCAGUAACGAGACUCAGCCAGGUUUGCACAGCCGUAUUUGAUAAACAAUGCGGACCGAUUCUGUGGUAUGUUUAAGUCAAGGUGAAGAAAUCAAUUUUCUGAUCUGUUUAAUGAAUGUAUUUAAUCAGUUGUGUUGCAGGAGCCCUGCUGGUGUUGGACUGUACUCACUCUGAACCAUGUGUUGUCUCAGACUCUAACAUGGAGGCACUGCUGUUGUGUAGUGAAAUAAAAUAAGACGCUUACACCAAAA